AUGGACGUCUUUGAGUUUUCGGACGUCUUCAGGAUGUUGGAAAUGAUGCGAGAUCCUCCUCAUGCUCCCCUGAUGCCUCCAGACUCCAGCAGUGUGACACGUAUGGUUCCUCAGAGUGAACUUCUCCUUCAGGAGCAGCUUGUGAAGCAGACGAGAUGUACGGUGAGGAAACCAAGAACAUCAUCAAGAACCAGACUCCAGGAAACCAAGAACAUCAUCAAGAACCAGACUCCAGGAAACCAAGAACAUCAUCAAGAACCAGACUCCAGGAAACCAAGAACAUCAUCAAGAACCAGACUCCAGGAAACCAAGAACAUCAUCAAGAACCAGACUCCAGGAAGAGGAGAACAUCAUCAAGAACCAGACUCCAGGAAGAGGAGAACAUCAUCAGGAACCAGACUCCAUGAAACCAAAAACAUCAUCAAGAACCAGACUCCAGGAAACAAAGGACAUCAUCAGGAACCAGACUCCAGGAAACCAAGAACAUCAUCAGGAGCCAGACUCCAGGAAACCAAGAACAUCAUCAAGAACCAGACUCCAGGAAGAGGAGAACAUCAUCAGGAAUCAGACUCCAUGAAACCAAAAACAUCAUCAAGAAGCAGACUCCAGGAAACCAAGGACAUCAUCAGGAACCAGACUCCAGAAAGAGGAGAACAUCAUCAAGAACCAGACUCCAGAAAGAGGAGAACAUCAUCAGGAACCAGACUCCAGAAAGAGGAGAACAUCAUCAAGAACCAGACUCCAGAAAGAGGAGAACAUCAUCAGGAACCAGACUCCAGAAAGAGGAAAACAUCAUCAAGAACCAGACUCCAGAAAGAGGAGAACAUCAUCAGGAACCAGACUACAGAAAGAGGAGAACAUCAUCAAGAACCAGACUCCAGAAAGAGGAGAACAUCAUCAGGAACCAGACUCCAGGAAACCAAGGACAUCAUCAAGAACCAGAGAAACACAAUAACCUGUACAUACAGGUGACAGACAGAUAGCAGAGGGUCAGUCAUGAUGUAGUGCCCCUGGAGCAGAGAGGGUUAAGUACAACUUGGCGGUGCUGGGGCUUGAACCCCUGAUCAACGACCCAGAGCCUUAACCACUUGAGCCACCACUGCCCCAAGGUGUAGAUGUGGGCAUGUAUA